CAUGGAACCCAACUUGUUUGGAAAAGAUGAUAGGACACCAUACCUUGAUUAGGCCACAUAUACCAGAGCAGUGGAAAGCCCAUAUUAUCCACACAUCAAAAGCUAACACACUUGUACUAUAAAACAGUACUCUGUGAUUAAAUAAAACCAUUCAUUUUUAACAGCUCCUUGUUUCUUAUUUCGUCGAAAACCAUCAAACAGCCCAUCUUAUCUGCUGCAAUGCCUGAAAUUCAGCUCCCCGCUGCAAACAUUGACUCCCGCCCCAGUUCAUACUCAGAAGUCCAAGUUGUCACCAUCGAUGUCCAUGCAACUAAAGACCUCAUGAAUUCUAGCAAUCAUCGGUAUCUUGAUGUCAGAACUGAGGAAGAAUUCAAGAAUGGCCACGUGGACGUAAAGAAUAUCGUUAACAUUCCUUUUAUGUUUGAAACCCCCAAAGGCGAGGUGAAGAAUCCCAAUUUUGUGGAACAAGUUUUAUCGACAUUCAAAAGGGAUGAUAUUCUUAUAGUGGGGUGUCAAAGUGGCAUAAGAUCUGUUUAUGCAAGCAUUGAUCUUCUUAAAUCUGAAUUCAAGCAAGUGUACAACAUGGGAGGUGGAUACCGUGGCUGGGUUGACAACAAGUUAGCCGUGAAGAUACCAGAACUAGAACCUGAAUCCGAAGCCAAAGAAGAAGAGCUCUAAUACCUUUCUGUAUUAUAUGUGCAUGAAAAAAUAAGAAUGUCACUAUAUAAUAAUAGAAGAAAUGUGGAAAUGGCUUCAUGAUUACCGGUUGAUAAUUUUAGCAUCGGUGUUGCUUCAACUCCAUACUUCUGCUCUGCAGACAAGUUUAUAAAAUUAAUGGACAAAGCUCUGUGAUGACCUUAUUCAUUGCUA